GUGUACCAAAGGAUUUCAGUUUGGCUGAUGCAAGCAAGACUGGAUCCCUAACUGAAUAUGCUUUCUUUGAUAAGGUGAGAAAGGCUUUGCGUCAUCAAGAAGUUUAUGACAACUUUCUUCGUUCCAUUGUCUUGUUCAAUCAAGAAAUCGUCACCAGGCAAGAACUUGUGACUCUUGUCAGUUUCUUCCUCUCGAAGUUUCCUGAUCUUUUCCGUGAGUUUAAAGAUCUGCUUGGAGUCAACGAGCAAGGAGGCGGAGUUGAACCUGUGCCACAUGGAGCCACGCAGAAGGAGAGAAUCACCGGGGAGCUGGCCAUGGAAAUUGACUUCAAUACCUGCAAGAGGUAUGGAGCAAGUUACAGAGGCAUUCCCAGCAAGUUUGUCCCUCCAAAAUGCAGUGGGCGCACUGCUUUAUGUAAAGAGGUUCUCAAUGAUACAUGGGUGUCCUUCCCUACAUGGUCGGAGGACUCCUCGUUUGUGACAUCCCGCAAAACUCAAUAUGAGGAAAACAUCUACAAGUGUGAAGAUGAAAGAUUUGAGCUGGAUUAUGUCAUCGAGACAAAUUUUUCAACAGUCAAGUCACUUGAGGCUGUGUUGAAAAAAAUGAACAGAAUGCCACAGGAUGAAGCGGCCAAGUUCAGACUAGAUAACACACUCGGAGGCACAUCAGAUUUUAUCAACAGAAAUUCUAUUCACAGAAUAUAUGGUGACAAGGCAAAUGAUAUUAUUGAGGGACUAAAGAAGAACCCUCUUGUGGCUGUACCACUGGUGCUUCGAAGACUGAAGGCCAAGGAUGAGGAAUGGCGGGAAGCUCAAAAGCAGUUCAAUAAACUAUGGAAGGAACAAAACGAGAAAUUUUAUCUCAAGUCAUUGGAUCAUCAGUGUGCAAACUUUAAACAACACGAUAUCAAAGCUAUUCGAGGCAAAUCUUUGUUGAAUCAGAUAGAGACCAUCUACGAUGAGAGAUCUGACAAUGAGGAGACACAGCCCCAAGGUCCCAUGCUGACAUUCACAUACGAUGAUCGUUCACUGAUCGAAGACGCUGGCAAUCUGGUAAUACACCAUGUCAAGAGACAGACAGGUGUGGACAAGGAAGCAAAGACACGUAUCAAACAGCUGGUGAAGCAUUUUGUCCCAGACAUGUUCUUUGCUCCGCGGGGGGAACUCAGUGAUGAUGAUGAAAAGUUUGUGCAAGACGAAGAUGAUAAAAAGAGAAAAGUGAAUGGACUGAAGUCUGAGGCAGAAGAGAAAUCUAAGGACAUAAAGAAAGAGAUUGAAGAUGUGGAUAUGGACAAGGGAGGAGAGAAGAAUGCAGAGGUUAAUGGUUCUGACAGUGAGGAUGACAAUGACCGAUACACACUGUUCUACUGUAAUACUACCUGGUACAUCUUCCUGCGCCUGCACCAGAUCCUGUGCUCUCGCCUUCUCAAGGCCUACACCCUGACACAGAAACUGAUUCAAGAAGAAGCAGUGACCAAGAAAGAAAGAAAAGAUUCUGUUGCAUUGGCCUUGCGUCUUCGAUCACCAUUGGACGUAGAAGUGGAGGACUAUUACUCCUACUUUCUGGAGAUGGUCAGGGCUGUGUUGGAUGGGAACAUGGAAGCCAGCCAGUACGAGGACACCAUGAGAGAGAUGUACGGCAUUGAGGCGUAUCAGCUGUUCACUAUGGACAAGGUGGUGCAGAAUAUUGUCAGACAGGUGCAGCAUCUAGUGAUGGAUGACAUACCAUCAAAGCUGACCAAGCUCUUUGAGGAGCAGAAAGAGAAGGGGGGCACAGGAGGUCGUUGGACAACCAGACAUCAGAGAGCUGCUUUAGAGCAAGCCUAUCUGAGACAGGCGGAGGCCAUUCUGGUAGAUGACAAUCCAUUCAAAUUUGUCUUUAGAAGCCUGACAGCACAGAUGGAGAUUGACAUGUUGGAUCCUCCCCCAGAAUCCAAUGAUUCUGUGAAGGAGACAAGCAAUUGGUCGUCUUAUUUGAAUGAGUUUGCCACCACCAAGAAGAACGAGGAGUUUUUGCAUAAAGUUGGGAACAGCCGAGCUAUUUAUUUGUUCAGAAACAAGAGGAGAAAUCCUUACUGGAAAGAUUUCAAGAAACAACACGACAACUUACUUAGAGAUGAAAAAGAUGAGGAAGACGAGGAAGAGGAUGAUGAUGACGAAGAUGAGGAUGAUGAUGAUGAAGAUGGGGAGGAUGAGGAUAGAAAGGGGAAAGCAGAUAAGGAGAAGAAAGGAGGGAAAAAACAUGAGAAGAAGUAUGUGGCUGAUGAAGGUGAAAGCCAUAAAGCACAACUCCUACCAUCACAUGUUUGUCAAGGACACUGGCAUGUUCAUUGUCACGAGAAGGUCACACAGAAGAAAUACAAACAGAUGACAGACUGGACCAAGGCUUGGCUGGCAGACAAUGUCUCUUCUGACCAGGUGGAAGAUUGCAGGCGCUGGCUGAUGGGUCUGGCCACAGAGAGCAGGACACCGUACAGGGCAUUCACCAGAUACUCUGUCGACUGGGUAGCACCAAGUUCUGGCAGGCACUCGCCUGCCUCAACCAAUAAUUAG